AGGGGUGAGAAAUGCAGGGCCUUGGUAGCGGCCUGGCCUAAUCAGCUGAGUAUGUUCAGAAGACGCUUAUUGGGAUCCGGGGUGGAAAUUCCUCCAUUUCUGGAACUGGAAACAACCCCCCUGGGCAGGGCUGGGAAAACUGACUGGACUCCCAGUGCUGGAGGCUGACCCCACCAGGCAGAGGCUGCUGUGGAAUACAAAGGGGGCACCCAGGGGAGAGGCCCGGUCCCCUCACUCCCAGCUGCUGGGAAUGGGGAGGGGGCCGGGAUUCCUGUCCCUGGACUCUGCUGAGGGGCUCCAUCUCCUGGCUAGUGGGUGUGUGAUAUACGGGAAGGCCCCUUCUUUCCUCCACCGGCUGGGAGGGACCAGGAGCUCCCACCUUCUCCCCACCCUGAAGCCUCCUGGCUGCUCCGAACAAGGAGCUGUGACCUUUGAGGAGGUGGGUGUGUGUUUCACCCAGGGGCAGGGGGCUCUGCUGGACCCCACUCAGAGAGCCCUCUAUAGGGACGUCAUGCAGGAGAACUACGAGGCGGUGAUCUUGCUGGAGGGUGCUGGGAUGGUGAAUGAGGAGGAGAAUCCACAGCGGGAAGGUGUUGAGGAUGUGGAUCUGCAGGGAACGGUAUUGGGAAGAUCCAAAGGGGAUUUUUAUGAGAAUCAUAAACCAGGAAAAGCCUGGGGAAAUCAGCGCAGGUCAGAGAUGUUGCUGGGAUAUGACCCAGGGAAGAAAACAUGUGAACCCAUAAAUGAUGGCGGAGAUUGCAAGGACCUCAAGGAAACCACAGCCCAGCAGAGUAUGCCCACCGAAGAGAGAAAAAACACAUGUACCGAGUGUGGGAAAAGCUUCAGUCGAAGUUCACAUCUUAUUUCCCAUCAGAGGAUCCACACGGGAGAGAAACCCUACAAGUGUCUAGUCUGUGGGAAAGGUUUCAAUCAGAGCUCAAACCUUAUUUCCCAUCAGAGGAUCCACACGGGAGAGAAACCCUAUAAGUGCCUUAAUUGUGGGAAAGGUUUCAAUCAAAGUUGCCAUCUUAUUAGGCAUGAGAGAACCCACACAGGUGAGAAACCCUAUAAAUGCCUGGAGUGUGGGAAAACCUUCAUUCAGAGUUCAGAUCUUAUUUCACAUCAGAGAACCCACACGGGAGAAAGACCCUUUAAAUGCCUGGACUGUGGGGAAAGUUUUGAUUGGAACAUGCAGCUUGUUAGACAUCAGAUGCACCACACGGGAGAGAAACCCUACAAAUGCUUGGAUUGUGGGAAGGGGUUUAGUGACAGUUCAGCCCUUAUUACUCACCAGCGACUGCACACAGGAGAGAGACCCUAUAAAUGCCUCGAUUGUGGCAGAAGAUUCAAUCGGAGCUCACACCUGACUCGACACAAGAGAACCCAUUCUGGAGACAAACCCUAUAAAUGCCUGGAGUGUGGGAAAAGUUUCAGUCAGAGCUCAUACCUUAUUUCACAUCAGCGAACACAUACAGGAGAGAAACCCUAUGAAUGCCUCGAGUGUGGGAAAAGAUUCAGUUGGAGCUCAGAUCUGAUUUCACAUCGAAGAACUCACACAGGAGAGAGACCCUAUAAGUGCCUGGACUGUGGGAAAAGUUUUAGUGACAACUCAGCCCUUAUUAAACAUCAGAGAAUCCAUACAGGAGAGAGACCCUAUAAAUGCCUCGACUGUGGGAAAACUUUCAAUCAGAGCUCCACCCAUAUUCGACAUCAGAGAAUCCACACAGGAGAAAAACCUUGAAUGUGGGAGAAGCUUCAGUUGGGGUCAGCGUGUAUGGGGCAUUCGCAAAUCCAUACAGGGAAAAGAUCUCUUAAAUAUCUUGUCCAUGGAAAAUGUUUCAAGUGGAACGGACACUGGAGGCGCCACACACAAGAGAAAUUUUAUCAAUUCCAGCACUAGGAAUGGCCACAGUUUAUUAAAAAAAAAUCCAAUUCCCCUGCACACGUCUUUGACGUCUUUCACACUAAGUCAGACUCAUGAGGGCUGCAGAUGAGCGUCUCACACCUGGAGGGGGAUUUGUAUAAAUCCCAAACACAGCCUGAUACUUCUGAGCUUCGUUUCCUGGUUCCAUCUAUGGGUAAAGCUGCUUCUGGGCUGUUUCCUACCCAGCUCAGAUUGCAGAAGGGAAUUUGGGUUUUCUCCUUACAUUAGGAUGAUGAUAAAACUUUUGUAAAUAACAUGAUCAUAUAAGAAGGCUCCAACGGAGGCAGGUUUAGGGGAAACCAGGAGUAAAUCUGUUCUCCUGAGUUUGAGUCAGAAGAGACAUGCUCUGGGACAUCACUUUCCAUGAACCUAACUGUAUUGUACAACCCGGUCUGUAUUGUGGGUGGUUCCCUCUUUGCUGAAGGCCUUUUGGUCACAUGGAAUCGUAGAAUGUAAGGCCAGAAGGGAUCACAGGCCACCCAGCAUCCACACACUAAGCCCUACAAUGGAAAUGAAAUACUUCCCAUCUUUGGAUGUUAAUUUAGUUUGAUGUGAUGAAAAGCCAAUUUACCGGGGACUUCACAAGACAAAUGACCCUUUGCCAGAAGAGGCCUUUUUAAAUUUUAUUUGGCCUUUUCCCCCACCCAAUGCCAUGAGAUAUCUGUGGUGUUUGAACAAUUAUAAUUCUAAAUAACCACAAUAAACAAACACCAAUGGGCGAGUGUGAGAGUUGCAGUCUGAGAGGCAGAGACUGAAAUGGGGACGGAGGUUACUGCCUGAUCCCUGCAAUGUGGUGAGAUCCCAUCAGGAGCAGGGAGAGUGUAGGAAGUGGGAGAUGCAGACCUGGAAAACUGCAGGGUUUUCUUUUGAGAGCCAGCCAGCUGAAGCUGAGAACUGUGAACUUGCUGCACUGGGGCCUGAGAGAGACAGGGGCUGUCCUACGAAUGUUGGGUGAAGCCAUCCUGGAAUAGGAAGGGGCUACAUAAAGGAUCAGGCUGAUUAUUAUGAACCAUGUUCAUUACGGUAGGACUUAAGGGCCCACUAAGAAAGGGUCUUCCUUGUGCUAGGCACUGUGCAAACAGAGGAGCAGAUCACAGCCAAGAAGGAAGCCAGGGAACUAAUCCAUAGACCUGUUCAGCCCUGAAGCCAGGCUGACCCCCAUCACCAAGGCCAAAGUGAAUCAAAGAGCCUGACAGCCUAGCUGUUGCCCCUCACCCAGCUAUCACUAUCUCUUGUGUGGGGAUGGCACAGACUCUCUCUGCCCCACUCACUCUUCACGUGCCAGGGACAUCCCUGGAGGUGGGGGGAGGAUAAAACCCUCUGUUGAGAUUGGAGCUGCUGCUCCUGCUCAUCUCUGGCUCAUGUUAAUCUGAGCUUCCUGCUCUCAGAGCAUUUGCUUCCCUGGCUGGAUCCUGGCCCCUCUCAUGGAUUCACUGCACUUUUCUACCCAUUGUCAAAUGUUGCUCUUUUGCUGGUGCCUGGGGGAGUUGAGAGCAGAGGUGCUGGAUUGAUAACAAGAGCUGUGAACUAGGGUGAGAAGGUUGGAUGAGGCUUGACAAGAACCAAUAGCUGGAGAUUAAAGCCUGACAAAUUCUAAUUAGUAACAAGGCACCAUUUUUUAAACAAUCAUAGAAUAUCAGGGUCAGAAGGGACCUCAGGAGGUCAUCUAGUCCAACCCACUGCUCAAAGCAGGACCAAUCCCCAGACAGAUUUUUGCCUUAGAUAGCCCCUUCAAGGAUUGAACUCACAACCCUGGGUCUAGCAGGCUAAUGCUUGAACCACUAAGCUAUCCCUCCCCCCGUCACAAUGAGGGUGAUCAACCUUUGGGACAAACUACCAAGGGACACGGUGGGUUCUCCAUUACGUCAUGUCCUCAGAUUGCCUGGCUGCCUUCUCUUGAAGAUUUGAUUUAGCCAAACACAGUAAAGGAAUAAAUGGUUAACAUUUCUCUAUCUGUAGUACACAGGUGUUCAAAGAAUCGAUGUGCCUAAAUGAUUAGUGCAGUCCUAGAAUAUUUGAUACUGGUUUGGAUUUGCAGUAAUACGUACUUCGGUUUUUCCCUUGUAAUAUAUUUGGGGGGGGGAGCUUAGAAGGGUUAGAUUUUUAUCAGUAAAUGUUGGUAAACAUCGAUUUCAGGGCACACACACAUUCUCUCUCUCUCUCUCUCUUCCAUACCUGAUCAUUGAAAUUUACAGCCAGGCAAAGAAAGAAACCUGCCACUUGAGAACUUCUUAGAGUUUGAUUUAAGGAGAUUUAUGUGGUAUAUUUUGACACGUGAUGUUGAGAAUGUGUGUGUAACGGUUAUAAAGCUUUAACAUUUUAAAUCUCAACAUCUACUGUCAUUAAAGGAUUAUUGUCUGAUGCCCCCUAUAAUUUCCCACAACA